AUGAUACCGCGGGGGGCCCGCGGGCGCGUCUCCAGGGUCCUCGUCGCGGUCACCGUCGCGUCGUUCCUCCUCCUCUUCCUCGCCCUCCCCGUCGGGCGCGGAGGAGCCUCGAGGCGCCCGGGUGCCGCGUCGUCGUCCUCCUCCAUCCGAGGACCCACCGCGCCCGGCCCGACGUCGUCCGCCCUCGUCCGCGGCGCGUUCCUCGCGUCCGCCGCGACGACGCUGGCGGUCGCCUGGUGGCGCCGGCGGCGCGCCGGCGCAUCGCGAGGAGGAAAACCGCCGCCGGCGAGACGCGCGCGAUGGGACGGCAGCCGGUGGGUCGAGCUCGACACGGACGACGCGGAUCCAACACAAUCGAAGACGACGACGACGCACGCGGCGGCACCUCCGCGGGGACCCUUCACGUCGGGCGCGUCGGUGCAGCGCCCGCCCGGUCCGUCCGCGUACGACCCCACCGUCCCGUUCGCGCCGAAGACGAGCGCCAAUAGUGCUACUCACGACUCCGGCACGAACGGCACAAACGGCACAAACGGUUCGCAUCAGAUGUACCAGUCGGACGAUGCCGUCGACGCGUUCGCGCGAUGGGACGCGGCGGAGGCGUUGCGAUGGGCGCGGGUCGAACGCGAGGACGAGGAACGCCAGCGCCUGAGAGAGGAGCGCGAGGAGGAGCGCGAGGAGCGGAUGUUUCAGAAGAAGGAGCGGAAGAAAGAGCGACGCGCCGCGGAACGGGCGGAACGGGAGAGGGGUCGAGUCGCGAGCGCGAAAGAGAAAUGGGCCGCGCACGAGGCGCGGUGGGCGACGCUGGAGGCGGAUCCGCCCGGGGGCGGGGGCGACGCGGGGUCGGCGGGGCCGUUGCGGUACGAUGACGUGCCGUGGCCGCCGAAGAUGACCGCCAUGCUUCGCGCGGCGUGCGGCGAAUCAUCCAUCGACGGCGGCGAGGGGGAGAGGAAGUCGGCGUACCGUCGAUUGAUUCGGCGGUGGCACCCGGAUAAGUUCGGCGCGAGGUUCGGGGAGCGCGUGAGGGCGGGCGGGGAGGAGGCGCGGGUGAUGGAGCGGGUGAACGCGGUUGCGAGGGCGCUGAACCAGGAGUUCGCGGGGCGGGCGUAG